AUGGAGCUCGUGGUGACGCUGCCGGCGGAGGUCUUCCGCUGCCGGAUCUGCUUUGUCACCAAGGCUGCAGGAAGGCCAACUUUUGGCGAGUACAAGGACCACUCGGCCCUUCUCCGCCACUACAGGAGGCUGCACGACCCGGAAACAGUCCCCGUUUUCGAAUGUCAAUUUUGCGGCCGACGCGACCCGCGGCUGAAGACGCUGCGUCUGCACCAGCGGCUCUGCAAUGCAGAAUCCGCAACCCCCGGCGCUGCCAGUCGGGGGAGACCCAGUCCGGUCCCCGAAGCUAGUAGGACAGACCGGCUGGACUUAGGUUUAACUUACGCGGCGGUCCUGACCCGCAGCAGCGUGGUGGGCUCACAGGCUGCCUUGCCCUCACCCUGUGUGAGUGUGCAGGCGUCUGCGACGCCCAGGACGGCGGUGGUUGCUAACCCCGCGUCGUGCGUACUUUGUGUGCGCACACCGAGGAGGUCUGGCAUCCCCCUGCCGAUACGCUCCGCGACGUCAACCGUGUCGCCACGAGUGCCGAGCGCAAGUUCGGGAGGUGAAGGCAGCACGCUGCCGACGCCUGCCGCCGAACGCGUCGCUCCGGCCAGAGGCGCAGUGUCCGGCAAAGGACGCGGCUCGCCGCUGCUCGCGCCGGCCACCGCGUCCAGUGGCGUACGCUGGCCACGUCGUGCGGCUGCCGCAGGCGCCUCCCGCCCGCCAUCUGUCGGGAGCGUGGGUACCGGCCUGGGACUGCCGCCCGCAUUCGCUACGCCGCCAACAGGUAGCUCUGCGAUGCGGGCGGACAGUGGCAGGCAGGCUGCCUCGCUCGCCGCGACCGGUGGUGUUGUCACUCACGGCGCAGCCGCGCCGCUUGUUGACGCACCAAAGGCCGCGCGCUCGGCGGAUGCACCGGACGGUGUGGUGCUUGUGCGGUCGCAGACGUACACGCGUCGCGGCUCCUCUGCCCUGCCGGCGAAUGCGUCGAGUGACGCCAUUCACUCCGUCUCCGCUCUGGCAGGGAGUGUUAUUAAUAAAAAAGUUUCUGUUACAGACAAUGGGUGGCACGUAGUCACCCCACGGAGGGACAGACGCCGUGCUGCAGGACGCAGACCACCGCCUCUGGACCGACGGCGCAUUAUACCGCCCAGUCCGCGUAGCAGCGGUCCGGCGCGAGUCGACGCGCCUGAGCGGCCGGCGCGAGCUACACCUCGUGUUUCUCGCGCCGGCGGCGGGCCCCGCGGUGCGCCCGACCCGAGCGCCAAGCCGGCGCAAGCUACACCGGCCCCCGCUGCUACCGCUGCGCCACCUGUCAACGGCGCGGCGACUGAAAGCAGCACUGCGCGACCCACGCCAGAUGGCAGCACGGCACCACCACCGACGCAGACGACGGAGCGGAGCGACGUGAACGGAGGGACUGCAGCUGCAUCUCCGAGACCUGGCAGCAAGAAGAGGAGAUGCCGACGCCGUAACAACCGUCCCAGUCCCAACCUUCCGCCGCAAAACUCCUGUCCUCCACCGAACUCGACCAACCCUCCUGUACCCUCCGUACAGGGCGCAACCGAGGCAGCUCCGCCCUCCCCUCCCCCAGCCGACGCUCGGCUAACGGAGAGGCAGCGGCGCUGGCUGGCGGCCCUGGAGAGCGUCCACGACCAGCCGUGGGACGCAUUCGUCUCGGUCGUCGAGGACUUCAUCUCCGAGAUCGCCGAGACGAAGCCACAACGCCAGGCAGCCGGAGAUCGACAGGAUGGGCCACCAGCAGCAGCGCACCGCGGCCAGGGCCGCGCCGACGCUGCUGCCAAUCCCCCUCCCCCUGCGCCUACACGCGGCCGCGAUGCACCAGCUGCUGUCCCGGACUUUGCCGCCACCACGCUCCCUGAUGUCAGCGAGGAGGUCCUGUCGCUGAUCACCGCCGCGGAGGUGCAACAGCGGCUCCAGAAGGCGAGCAAUACUGCUCCUGGGGCAGACGGAGUCACCUACUCGGACUUGCGACGUGAGGAUCCUGGCUGCCAUGUGCUAGCUAAGAUCUUCUCGCGCUGCUGGAAUGAGCGGAAGACUCCGGUGGAGUGGAAAGUAUCCACUACCGUCCUCAUCCGCAAGAAAGGGGACGUCUCGGACGUGACGAACUGGCGGCCUUUAGCAUUGAGCUCCACCAUCUCUAAGCUCUUUGCUGCAAUCGUUGCGGACCGCACAACCCUCUGGGCAGAGCGUUUGAACCUGCUCUCCCCAGAACAGAAAUUUUGA